AUGGGCGGAGAGGAGCCCGCCGAGGACACCGGCGCGGGGGAGCCCGACACCAACACCGCGACAAACUCCAGCUCGAACGCCUCCGUAAAAGAGCCGGACGGUGACCAGCCUACCGACGACGCCGCUACCGUGGCUGAAUCGCACAGUGGUGAGCCCGAGCAGGACACGCCAGCAGCAGAGCCUGAGUCGGACACGCCGGCGGCAGAGCCCGAGCAGGACACGCCAGCAGCAGAGCCCGAGCAAGACACGUCGGCGGCAGAGCCCGAGUCGGACACGCCAGCGGCAGAGCCUGAGCCGGACACGCCAGCGGCAGAGCCCGACCAAGCCACGCCGGCGGCGGAGGAGCCGACCGAUGCGGCAGAAGAGAGCUACGCCGUGCCGCCCGUCGCCCCGAUGACAGGGCCGACGCUCGAACUGCCUGUGCCCGAGCCGAGUGCGAGCCCGGCGCCGGCCGAGCUCGACGACGCGUUCAGCAUCGUCGUGCCGGGCGCGCCGGGCGACGCGGAUGCGGACGGGGGCGAGGGCGAGGGCGGAGCGAAUGAGGGUGCCACAGGCGAUGUCACAACGGUGGACGACCUGGUCGCCAUGGACGUGCCUGACGUACGCCUGCCGCGCUGCCUAGGCUGGGGUCCGUGCGAGAUUCGCGGGUGGCUUGGCCGGCUCGGCCUGUCGCAGUACGUGGACGCCCUGCUCAACAACAACAUCUGCGGCCGCGCUGCCUUUGCCUGCUGA